AUGGUUGAUGUUCUUUAUUCACUUGUGGAUGUCAAUGAACGAUUGAAUCAAUUAAUAUUUGAUCCUUUUUAUGUUCUUAAUCUGGAUAUGACAAUGAAAUCAUCGUAUGAUGAUACUUUUUCGAUAUCUGAUAAAGUUCUUGAUAGAAUAUGUAAAAAUGUCUUACCUCGAAUUCAUCAUCAUGUGAAUAAACUUACUGUUGAACCACAUUCAUUAAAAUAUAUUCUUCGUAAUUUCAAUAUUUAUCCUCAACUCUUCUCGUUAUCAUUUAUUAAUUUUCAAGAAGAAAUACUUUAUCAAUAUUUAACAGGUGAUUCAAGUCUUCAUCGUCUUCUCACAGAACAAAUUACACAUCUUAAUAUUCUUAUUCAAAAUGAGAUAAUACCAACAUUUUUUGAAACUUUAUCAGAUGUAUUCAUAUUGAUUUUAUCUUCAUGUAAACGAUUAAUCAGUUUGGAUUUUUUUCAAUUAUUUCCUGAUCAAAUGUGGUCAGGUAACAUUUUUACUCUACCAUCAACAAGUUAUACGUCUUUAACUUUGACUCAAUUAAAAAUUAAUGUCAAAACUUUUCAUGCUUGUCUUUAUCUUCUUGAUGGACGUCUCCAUAAUUUAUCGACCUUAAUUAUUAAUGUGUCAAAUAUCUCUCGUACAUUAUCAAAUAUAGAUAAAAUACAAAAAAUUCCCAAAUUGAAAUAUUUUUCAUUGACUUCUCUUGAUGAUACAUAUAAUUAUGAUGAUGAAAUUAUUCCAUUACUCCAUCGUAUGAUGAAUCUUGAAGAAUUGAUGUUAUGUUUAUCGAUAAUAAGAGUUGACUUACCUUAUAUUGAUGGUACACAUUUACAUGAAGAAAUUCAAAGUCAUAUGCCACGAUUAAACAAAUUAAUUUUUAGUAUAAAUACAACUAUUGUCAAAAACAACAUUAACAUUAAUUUUCCAUCUAAUGAAGAUAUUCAACGUACUUUUAUCGAAAGAGGAUAUCAACAAGUUGGUUCAUAUGUUGAUUCUACAGUACAAGAAGGUCAAGGAAGAUGUCACGUUUAUUCACUUCCAUAUCAAUUCGAAAAUUUUCUUCAUCUUAAUAAUUCUUUUCAAGGUGGUACGUUUAAUAAAGUUCGAUACUUAACUAUGACUGAUGACCGUCCUUUUGAACAUGAAUUUUUUAAAAUCAUGUCACAAAAUUUUCCUUUUCUCAAAACCUUAUCGAUAUGCAAUAAAAAACCACAAAAAAAUAAGCAACAUUCGUCAAAAUUGAUUAAAUUUCCUCAUCUUACUACUCUCAAUUUGAAUCUAGCACAUAUAAACUAUGGUAAACAAUUUCUUUUGGAACAAAAUACUUAUCUACCUUGUUUGUCGAUUCUUAAAAUCAGAUACAAAACACUUACAAAAAUAACAAAGAACUUUACCAACAAUGCAGCACGUCUCAAUUGUAACAAAUUAAGAUAUCUGCAUAUGAAUGGAUUUGAUCAUCUUCCAUCGAAUUUUCAUCACUAUUUUCCUUCAUUAAAAUCAUAUUUUGGUUACAUUUUUAUUUAA